UGACACGCGGUGAAUGUAGACGUCGCGACGGCGACCCUUUCAGUUACAGUUCGAAUAAGCAACGUACGUACAAGUGUUUUAUCAGACUACUUCGUCAACAGGAGGCCAAUAUUUAAAAGAAAAAUGAUUCGAUUAUGAAAAUGUAAUUAAAAGGAAAUAAGAAAUGAUGUCUUGUAUGAAUGCUGCUGCUGAAUUAGACCACGGUUGUGCUUUAAGACCUGGUUGUCCAUCACCUACCAGCACCCCCGAAGAAUUGGAAAGAAGAGCUUUAAUUCAAAGAAAUGAUUUACUGUUACACGAAGCGGUCAUUAAAAACGAUACAGAAUGUGUGAGAAGAAUCUUGAAAGAACCAGUCGAUAUAAACUCUAGAAACAAUUAUGGAAGAGCUCCUAUUCACUGGGCUGCCUCUCGCGGUAACAUCGACAUUAUGGAAAUGCUAAUAGCAGCCAAUUGUGACAUUGAAGCUCGCGACAAGUACGGAAUGAGACCUUUACUAAUGGCAUGUUGGCAUGGACAUCGCGAUGCUGUUCAAUUGCUUAUCAACACAGGAGCUUGCUCUAAUGCUACCAACAAGAAACACUAUACUUUGUUGAUGUGUUCAGCCCGAAAUAAUCGAAUAUCAGUUGUCGAUUUUCUAAUUGAUACUUUGGAGGAUACGCGAGUAGAUGCGGUUGAUAUUGAUGGUCAAACUGCCCUAUUUCACGCUGCAAUGGGUGGUCACAUCGAAAUUGUCAAACGUCUCAUUGAUUUGGGAGCAAACUUGAAUAAACGAAGCAAAGAAAGCAGAACUGCUCUACAUGUGGCUUGCGAAAGAGGCCAUUGUGAUGUUGCCGAACUUCUUCUCAAUCACGAAGCUGACAUGGAAGCUAAAGAUACAAACGGAAACACUCCCCUUCAUGUUGCUUCUCAAAAUCAACAAACUGAAUUAGUUCAUGUACUCCUAGAGACGGGAGCAGAUCCUGAUAGCGAAAAUUUGAAAGGAUCUACUCCAUUGCACAUAGCGAGUAGUUUGGGAAGUAAAGGAAUUUUAGAAAUUCUUUUACAGCAUGGAGCUUCCAUCAAUAAACAAAAUAAGAACGGAAAUACAUCUUUACAUAUAGCUUGUCAAGCAAAUGUUAUGGAAAUGGUUGAAAUUCUUAUAAGCAAGGGAGCAAAUCUCAAUAGUCUAAACGCGAGAUUACAAUCACCUAUUCAUAUUGCCGCAGAAAUGGGUCAUACGGAAAUUUGUAAAGUGCUUUUAGCGGCAGGUGCAGAUAUCGAACAGCGAGAACAAGGAGGAAGGACUCCACUUUAUAUAGCAGCAAGAGGAAGUUUCACCGCUAUUGUCGAUAUGAUCAUUAAAACGGCACGAUUGGACUAUCCCGCACACGAAGAUCCAAACGAAAGAAAAGAUAAUAACGGUUUUAAGCAAUCGUUAAGUACGGCGAGAAGUAAAUGGCGAUCGACGAAAGAAGACAUCCGAGGCAGAGACAAUAAUGAAAGACUCAAGGAAAUUCUCUAUAAAGUGGCUUACAAACAGCUGGGACCGGGUGAAUGGAAAAUGUUAGCGCAUCACUGGGCUUUCACCGAUGAACAAAUCAAAGCGAUCGAACAUCAAUACAACGGACCAUCCAGUUAUAAAGAACACGGAUUUCGAAUGAUGUUGAUUUGGAGUCACGGAUUAGGUCCUGAUGUUAAUCCAAUUAGAGAACUUUACGAAAGUCUAACGGCCGUUGGGAAAAGACCGCUCGCUGACGCACUCCGAAGAAAAAUCGAUCAAGAAAACGAAACAAGACGAAAAGGCAAUCAGCAAAAUUGUUGCACUUUAUGUUAGAAACAUAACUUUUUCUUAUGAAAAUACGACAUAUCUCAAUGGUCCAAAAAACAACAAAAUUCAUGUAAGCAGUCGAGGUCACCAAACUAAAUACCGGCUGACUAUAAAAAAUUGUGUCACAAAAAUAUAAUGCCAUACCAAGAUUUAACGACAUGAAAUACAUUCUUCAAUAAUCAUUCGGUAUAAAAAAUGUAUGGUGACCAUCCACAAAGAAAACAUUUUAGAGAAUAAAUAAAUUUGGUACAAUUUUGAACAAAAGGUAAUCGAACAAAAAGGACUGUGAUAUUAUUGUAGGUAAAAUAUUUUAGUUUUUAGUAUCUACCAUUAUUACCUAUGCAACAAUUUUCGUGCCAAAAUAGUGUUUUUUGUUAAAAAAAAUAUAUAUACCUAUUUGCUUACCUACAACAAAAAUGCAACUACCAAAACUUUGUAAAAAGUGAUUUGAUUUAAAAAUAAAUAAAGUUCUUAUUAAUCAUGGACCAAUGUUAUUGUAGGUAAUCAUUUUGUUCAAAAUUGUACAAAAGGGUCAAUAAAUUAACUAUUCUAAAUAACCAUUUAAGAACUUGAAAUUGUAUAGUCGUUAAACAAAAUCCUUUUAAGACUUUCUCUAACUUUUUUCGAAAAACGUACGAGUUGAUACGAUAAAAACUACUAGCUUUAACAUAGUUAAUAUUCCUACAAGACAUAUAUUUUCAUAAAAGUGACUUCCACUUUCUAACAAUCAUUUUACUAAUUAGGAAAAUGGAACCGUUCCUCUAGUUGUUAUAAUUGUUUGCACAAUUUAUUGAAAUUUUUUAUACAAACAUAUCACAUUUUAACUGUAUAAAUAAAACAGAAAUAUUUUUA